AUGUCUGAUCAAGACGCUCAUCCAAAAGAAUACAUUGAAUUGAGAAAUACCUACAAAUACUACAUAGAUUCAUAUAUUGCAUUGUACCAGCUAAAAACGGAAAAAAGUGAUGAAUUAAAUAAGAUUUACAAAAUGAUCAAAGCAGAAUUGAUUGAUUCAAAGAAACAUCUCCCCGAAAAUGUAAUAAAAGACAUUUUAAAUAUCAUUCCAUAUAAUAAUCGCUAUGCAAAGUCAUAUUUAUUUCUUGCCAAACUCUUAUAUGAUGAAUAUCAUAUAGAAAAUGUCAACAAAGUUGAAGAUAUUUCAAACUUUCUGUUUUAUAAAGAAUAUGGAAUUAAAUUAGACAAGUCUGUUGAUUUUGAAGAUAUUUAUUUAGGAAAACUCGAUAUUCAUACAGAAAAUACGAUCUACAGAGCAAUUAUGCAUAAUGACUUAAUAAAGUUCAUCAGCUUUAUUGAAACUAAAAGAUUUAAUAAAUAUAAAAAACUUAACAGCAGAUUAUAUCCAUUUUCUAUGCAUGGAUAUUCAUUACUUGAAUUAUGUUGUUACCAUGGAGCUGUUGAUUGUUUCAAGUUCUUAAGAACCAAAUUUAAAUCAAAUAUAACUGAAACAUGUCUAGAACUUUCAUUUUUAGGAAGAAAUCAAGAGAUCAUGAGUGAAUGCUUGAAAUAUCAAAAGCCAAAUAAAGAUUGCAUGAUAUAUGCAAUUAUUUCACACAACAUUGAUUUUGUUACUUUCUUGAUGAAUGAAUACAAAAUAAAGAUCGAUUUAGAAAAUUGUGGAAUUUACAAUAAUCUUGAAUCCUAUUUAGUUUAUUUCGAUCAAACUCAUUCUAUUAAUUAUUGUUUAAUUAAUUCGGGAAUAUUUGCUAUCCCAUCUCUUUGCGAAUAUUUCCUAUCAAAUGGUGCAAGUAUCAAUAAAAAGUAUAUUCAUGGAUUUACCGCUCUUCAUUAUGCAGCAAAAAAUAAUUAUAAAGAAAUGACGGAAUGUCUUCUCUCACAUGGUAUAAAAAUCAAUGAAAAAAAUUAUGAUGGAUUUACCGCACUUCAUUAUGCAGCAAAAUACAAUAGUGAAGAAAUAGCUGAACUUCUUCUUUCAUAUGGUGCAAAUGUCGAUGAAAAAGAUAAUAUUGGAUAUACAGCACUUCAUUAUGCAGCAAAAUUCAAUAGUAAAGAAACUGCCGAAGUUCUUCUUUUAUAUGGUGCAGAUAUCGAUGAAAAAGAUAAUAGAGGAUGUACCCCACUUCAUUAUGCAGCAAAAUGUAACGGUAAAGAAACAGCAGAAAUUCUUCUUUCAUAUGGUGCAAAUAUUGAAGAAAAAAAUCAAUUUGAAGAAACUCCUCUUCAUAUUGCAGCAGACCAUAAUUAUAAAGAAAUGGCGGAACUUCUUCUUUCAUAUGGUGCAAAUAUUGAAGAAAAAAAUCAAUUUGAAGAAACUCCUCUUCAUAUUGCAGCAGAACAUGAUUAUAAAGAAAUGGUUGAACUUCUUCUUUCACAUAAUGCAAAUAUCAAUGAAAAAGAUAAUAUCGGAAGUACUGUUCUUCAUUAUACAGCAACGAAUAAUUGCAAAGAAAUAGCUGGACUUCUUCUUUCACAUGGUGCAAAUAUCAAUGAAAAAGAUAAUGAUGGGUUUAAUGCACUUCAUUAUGCAGCAAAAUAUAAUAGUAAAAUAACAGCUGAAUUUCUUCUUUCACAUGGUGCAAAUAUCGAUGAAAAAGAUAACAUCGGAAGAACUGCUCUUCAUUAUGCAGCAAUAAAUAAUAGUUAA